UGCUGGCAGACUAAGGUAUCUCUCAGUUGCCAUGGAAAACGGUGUGGGAAUAGAAGAGACAGUGAGAGAGUUGAGGCAAUACUUCAAAACUGGAAAAACCAAAAGUGUGACAUGGAGGAAAAACCAGCUCAAAGCUCUCCUUGACCUUCUUCAUCACAAUGAAGAUGCUAUGUUUAAGGCUCUCCACCAAGAUCUUGGGAAGCACCCUGUUGAAGCUUACCGUGACGAGAUUGGAGGGGUAGAAAAAUCAGCCAACAACGCUUUGAGCAGCGUUGAAAAAUGGAUGGCACCAAAAAAGUGUAAUGUACCUUUGCUUUUCUUCCCAGCUAAAGGAGAACUGUUGUCAGAACCACUUGGUGUGGUUCUCAUAUUUUCUUCUUGGAAUUUCCCAAUCAUGGUGGCAUUGGAUCCAUUAAUUGGGGCAAUAUCUGCUGGAAAUGUUGUAGUGAUAAAACCUUCAGAGCAAGCUCCAGCAUGCUCUUCUUUUCUUGCCAAUACAAUUCCUCGCUACUUGGACUCUAAUGCCAUCAAGGUGAUCGAGGGUGGAGCAGAUGUAUGUGGACAACUACUGCUACAGAAAUGGGACAAAAUAUUCUUCACUGGAAGUCCACGUGUGGCAAACAUAGUCAUGUCUGCUGCUGCAAAGAAUUUAACUCCUGUUACUCUAGAGCUGGGUGGAAAAUGCCCUGCCAUACUUGAUUCCCUUUCCAAUCAUUCAGAUUUGAAGACUGCAGUGAAAAGAAUUGUAGGAGCGAAGUGGGGAUCUUGCGGCGGACAAGCAUGUAUAGGAAUAGACUAUGUGCUUGUUGAGCAGAAGUUCUCAUCUGUUCUGAUAGAACUAUCGAAGAGUAUACUCAGAAAAUUUUAUGGUGACAACCCAGUAGAGUCAAAGGCCAUUUCGAGAAUAGUAAACAAGCAGCAUUUUGAGAGAUUAUGCAAUCUUCUUAAAGAUCCUCUUGUUGCGGCUUCCAUUGUUCAUGGUGGUUCAGUUGAUGAAGAAAACCUGUUCGUUGAGCCAACAAUCUUGUUAGAUCCUCCACUAGACGCUCAGAUAAUGACUGAAGAAAUCUUUGGCCCACUGCUUCCAGUGAUCACAACGAAUAAAAUUCAGGAAAGUAUUGAAUUUAUAAACUCAAGGCCGAAACCUCUUGCCAUAUAUGCCUUCACCAAAGAUGAAACUUUGAAGAGAAGGAUUCUAUCAGAAACCUCCUCAGGAAGUGUCACAUUUAAUGACACAUUGAUUCAAUUUUUAUGUGAUACGCUACCAUUUGGAGGUGUUGGCCAGAGUGGUUGUGGAAGGUACCAUGGGAAGUACUCAUUUGACACUUUCAGCCAUGAGAAAGCUGUAAUGCAUGGAAACCUUUCCAUUGAAAUUGAGCCAAGGUACCCUCCUUGGAGUAAAUUCAAGCUAGAGUUUAUCAGAUUGGCAUACAGAUUCAACUACUUUGGACUAUUGCUGCACAUGCUGGGCUUGAAAAGAUACAACUAGAUCAAUCCCUCGAGAAUAUCUUUAGUACAUCAGAUGUACCAAACUCGGUACAUAUUUUUCCCAAAUUUGAAAAAUUUUGUAAUGUGGCUAGAAAUAAAAAAAAUUUAAAAGUGAUGAAUUUUUUUUCAAAUUUGGAAAAAAGAUGUACCGAGUUCGAUGUAUCUGAUGUACCAAAGAUAUUCUCCAAUCCCUCAGCUACGGUGCCUAUCUAUCCUCAAAUUGAUGUUGACUCAAAACGCAUUAGGCUUUAAUGUGACUGAAUGAAUAUGAGUGGUGGAAAAAUAGGAACAAAGGUUUUCAUUAUCUUUCUGUUAUGUUACCCUGUUUGCAAAAGUUGCACAUGUAGUGAAUAUCAACUU